CUGCCAUGGGGCCUGGAGUCCUGAGUCCCUGUCUCCUCCUGCUGUGGGCCUGGGCCCUCCCAGCUGGCUCUGUCCUGCCCCCUGAACUCAGCAAGGCUGAAGUGACUCGAAUGUUCAAGGAUUUUAUGAUUCAGUUCAACAGAACCUACAGGAGCCCCGCAGAGCAGCGCAGACGCUUCGGGAUCUUCACGCGGAGCCUGCUCGCGGCGCGGCGGCUGCAGGAGACGGAGCUGGGCACGGGGCAGUAUGGGGUGACCCGCUUCAGCGACUGGACAGAUGAGGAGUUCCAGGGGAUGUUCCGGAGCCCCCCGCCCCACACCAUGCACCAGGCCCCCCAGCUCCCGAGGAAGGAGCUGCCCCCAUCCUGUGAUUGGAGGAAGGCGGGGGCCGUGACCGCCGUGAAGGACCAGGGCGAUAAGUGCCGCUCCUGCUGGGCCUUCGCUGCUGUUGCCAACAUCGAGUCCCUCUGGAACAUCCACUUCCACCAGCCCCGGAACCUCUCGGUGCAAGAGGUGUUGGACUGCAGCUGGUGCGGAGCGGGGUGCAAAGGGGGCUACGUGUGGGACGCCUUCACUACGGUGUUACACAAGGGUGGUCUGACCAGCGAGGAUGCCUAUCCCUACACAGGGAGACAGGAGACAUGCCACAACCUCAAUGAGCCAGCUGCCUAUAUCCAGGGCUUCCAGACACUACCUGGAGAUGAAGAGGAAAUAGCUGCACACGUCGCAAGCAAGGGCCCAAUCACAGUUACCCUGAACUCAGCUGUCAUGAAGCAUUAUAAAAAGGGAAUCUCCCAGCCCUUGGUGAAGAGCUGCAGUCCAGACCAUGUGGAUCAUGUUGGCCUGCUGGUUGGCUAUGGGCAUGUGAAGAAAAGGCGGUACUGGGUCAUCAAGAACUCCUGGGGGGAAGGCUGGGGAGAGAAGGGCUAUUACCGUCUCUAUCGUGGCAGGAACGCCUGCGGCAUCACCACAUUCCCUGUAACAGCCACCGUCAACCGCGUUGGGGCUCCGGGACAUAACGUCCUCUGCCCGCCCUGAAGGGGGUGCUGCUGCUGCCGAGAGCCUGCUGACUCCCUGCCAAGACCCCUGCCACCGCCAAGACAAAAAUAACUGGGGCCAUGGGCCUUCCCUGGGUGAUGGGGGAAUGAAUUCGAUACUCAGAUUGCUAUAGCUCCAUCCCCACAGGUACCCAGAGCUGGGCUCGGCCCUUCCAGCAACACUGCCUCCAGGCGAAUGCUCCUUCCCUUUGCUGCAGCAGCGAAAGGGGCCUGUGAAACUGCCAUUAAACUGCUUUUAUGUGCUGUGUGUGUGGCCCCUUUGAUGGGGGGAGGUUGUUUAAUUGUUAACUUGAGUGUACCAC